AUGAAAUUCACACUAACGGUUGUGGCUACUUUAGCCCUAUUGGCCUUGGCUAAGGCUCAAGAAGAAGAAGAUGUCAAGAAAACACCCGGUUUUGUAGAAUCUUUAAAGAAAUUACAACGAGGUCCUCCAGAAGUAGUGUCACAUAACCGUGCGGCAGUGGAAACUAAAUGGAUUGAGCAGAAAUUGGAUCAUUUUGAUGACAGUAAUGAGGAAACUUGGCAAAUGCGUUAUAUGGUAAAUGAAGAACAUUUUGAAGAUGGUGGUCCCAUGUUUAUUUAUUUGGGCGGUGAAUGGGAAAUUUCUCCCGGUAACAUUCAAUAUGGUAUUGUCCCUGAUAUAGCUAAGGAACAUAAAGGUAUUUUAUUCUAUACAGAGCAUCGUUUCUAUGGUAAAAGUAGACCUAAAAGCAAUAUUUUAGUGGAAAACUUGCAAUAUUUACAUGUCAAACAGGCUUUAGCCGAUUUAGCCCAUUUCAUACGCACUCAACACGAAACCGAUCCUCGUUUGUCCAACUCUAAAGUAAUAAUUUCCGGUGCUUCUUAUUCAGCCACUAUGGUUGUAUGGUUUAGCAAACUCUAUCCUGAAUUGGUUCAUGGUGGUUUUGCCUCAUCGGCUCCUCUCUUCGCUAAGGUUGAUUUUAAAGAAUACAAAGAAGUGGUAGGCAAAGCUUUGCUAGAAUUGGGUUCCCAACAAUGCUAUGAUCGUGUUAAAAGGGGUGUUGCUGAACUUGAAGACAUGUUUGCCGGUAAUCGUUCAGCUGAAGCUAAAGCCAUGUUGAAAUUGUGUAAUUCUUUUGAUCAUAAAAAUGAUUUGGAUUUGUGGUCUUUAUUUAGCACAAUUUCUAAUUUAUUUUCCAGUAUUGUGCAAUAUCAACAGGAAGGAGAUGUACCUUAUGUCUGCAGUUAUUUAAUGAGUUUUGAAGAUGAUUUAACUGCCAUAACAACAUUCUUUUUGGAUCAGCUUCGUGUAACUAGUGGCUGUGUUGAUGUUAGCUACAAGGGUACUUUGAGCUAUUACAUGGAUACGUCUUAUGUCUAUGGUGCUUCUCGCCCCUGGUACUUCCAAACGUGCAAUGAAUAUGGUUGGUAUCAAAGUUCUGCCUCUAAGGAUCAACCUUUUGGCAGUAAAUUCCCUGCUUUAUUGUAUACCAUCAUGUGUCAUGAUGUCUUUGGUUCCAAAUAUACCAAUGAAAACAUUCAUAAGUUGGUAGAUGAAACUAAUGCAUUCUUUGGUGGUAUGAAUCCUGAUGUAAAGAAUGUCUAUCAAACUCAUGGUGCCUUAGAUCCCUGGAGUACCAUGGGUCAUGGUGUGGCCGAGGGUGCUUCGGUUAUACCUCGUGCUUCACAUUGUGCCGAUUUUGGUUCUAUCAGCUCAUAUGAUAGUCCCGAAAUGCGUGCCUCUAAGGAACGUUUAGUCGAAUUAGUACGUGAAUGGUUGGCUUAA